AUGAAGGUAAGGCAUUCGCCUUUUUCCAUCGACGGACGCUAUGGCCACAUAGUUCCCUUGACUUCAUGGGGCAGGAUUUUUUGUAUUGUGUAUGCACUGUUUGGAAUACCACUGACAUGUGUGGUUUUCAAGGUAGUGGGUACAAAUAUCAACGAGAGUAUUACGAAAAUGAUCAGGGCUGUGAAAAACAAAUUUCUCAGACGAGACACGAUACACGGCGAAGCAACUGACAGUGCCUUGGUCGCCACUUUCUUGGCUAUCUUCACUCUUGCUGUGAUUUCUUUUAUGGCAGAUUUGAGACGAAAAGAUUGGACUUACUUAGAGAGUUUUUACUUCUGUUUUAUAACAUUUAGUACCAUAGGAUUGGGAGAUUUCUUGCCCUUCGAGGAUGGAAGAGUUGAGGUCAGCGAAUAUCUAAUGAUGGCAGCUGGGGUUAUUUUAGGAUUCUCUAUGAUGUCCACUAUGCUCUGCGCUCUUGGUCAGGCGGUCGAGGAAGGCACCCGCCUAAAAAAGGUUCAUCUGCUUGUGACUACGAUUGAGAAUGCAGACAGGGGUAAAGAAAACUUAAAAGCAAGCACAAGCCAAGAACUGGUUGACAUAGAUCAAGAAAAUGAACUCUAGAUGAAUUUGUCGUCUGAUUGAAGGCACGUCGUUAAAAGAUGACACUGGGAACUGACGGAGUGCUUCCCUACCA